AUGAUUUCCUUUCGAAAAUGCGUGGUCAUCGCCUUUUUCAUCCUCUCAGGCAUCUUCCUACUGCACACAGCUCACGCCAGGCCGGCGCUGGCCAAGACUGGAUUCGGGACUCAUCGCCAACGAUCAGAGCCACUGGGCACUCAGAUCACUGCCAAGCUGGGAUCCAAGGUUGAUUCUACGCCUGAACAGGAGCCUGAGCAGGAGGCUGAACCUGAACCUGAGCCCGAGCCCAAAAAAGAGCCUGAACCGGAGCCAACAACGCUCCGGGGACGCCUGAAGUAUCAUUUCCCUUAUGGCGUAAAGGCCAAGUUCCCCGGGUACAUCUGGCAGACAUGGAAGUAUACUCCUGCCCAGGGGGAGUUCGACCCUAUGCUAAGGCCGCUAGAAGCGAGCUGGACCGAACUUCACCCUGGAUUCGUGCACCAGGUCGUGGACGAUGACAGUGCGGUAUACUUCUUGAAAUACCUCUAUGCUUCGUUCCCAGAGGUCAUCGAGGCAUACGAUGCACUACCGUUACCGGUUCUAAAGGCUGAUUUCUUCCGAUACUUGAUUCUUCACGCACGAGGAGGCAUAUACUCUGACAUCGACACCCUAGCCCUUCGAGCAGCAACAGAAUGGAUACCACCAACGUUCGACCGGUCAACGAUCGGGCUCGUCGUGGGCAUUGAGGCAGAUCCAGACCGCGCAGACUGGGCUAAGUGGUACUCUCGCAGGAUCCAGUUCUGCCAGUGGACCAUCCAGUCGAAACCAGGUCAUCCUGUUCUGCGGGAUGUCAUUGCCAGCAUCACCGAAGAAACAUUACGCAUGAAGGAAGAGGUCAAUCGUGGAGUUCACCGGCCUGCGGUUUGGACGGAUGCUAUCUUCAAACAUUUCAAUGAUCCCGUCAACUUCCCCAGCGAGGAAGGAAAGCACCAAAACAUCACUGCGCUCCAUUUCACUGGCAUGACGAAGCAGAAGCAAGUAGGCGACGUUGUCAUUCUACCCAUUACGAGCUUCAGUCCUGGCGUCCAGCAAAUGGGUUCUGAGGAGAUAGACAGUGACAUGGCUUUUGUCCAGCACGAGUUCUCAGCGGAUGGAAUGCUAGCAGGCUGUUUCGGUGGUAGAUGCUUCAUCAACGCCGGUCGCGAUGGAAAUGUUGAUGUCGCAGGUGAUGUAGUGAAACUAUGUGCAUGA